UGUUCUUUGGCUGUCAUCCAAGCAGGGAUCAUUGCUUCCAUAUAUUAAUUAACAAUACAUGCUUUCCACUCUUUCCAUGAACCUUUCUCAUUAUACUUCUCCUUCACCCUUCACACACACACACACGCACAUAUAUAUAUAUACACAAGAAUUGAUCCCACAUCGAUCGCAUUGAGUGAUGGCUGGAAUGGGGAAAGGCAUAGGGUUCGAGGACUUGCUACCCGUGAUGGCGAACAAGCUCGGUGGGGAGGGGCUGAUAAAGGAGCUAUGCAACGGGUUCGAGUUGUUGAUGGACAAAGGCAAAGGGGUGAUAACGUUGGAGAGUUUGAGGCAAAACGCUGCGCUUUUGGGUCUCCAGGAUUUGGAAGAGGAUGAACUUGUCAGCAUGCUCAGGGAAGGGGACCUUGAUGGAGAUGGGGCUCUCACGCAGAUGGAGUUUUGCGUUUUGAUGUUCAGGUUGAGUCCUCAGUUGAUGGACGACUCUUGGCUUUUCCUUCAAGAGGCUCUCCAACAUCAAUUUCAUCUUAACAAUAAUAAUAAUAAUGAUUCUUCUGUUUAAUGUUUAAUGUUUAAUGUUUAAUGUUACUACCUAGGCUCAUCAUUCUCACUUUUCCUUAUUUUGUACACACUCUUUUCGAUCUCUUCAUGUUAGUGUUGGAAAUAAUUCAUACUCCAUUCUUGCUUA